GGGCGGCGGUGCAGAGCUACUGGAGCGCCCGGCGGCUCCGGGCGGCGGUGGCGGCGCAGACGAAGAAGGCGGCCCCGGCCCCGGCCCCGGCCCGUCCCGCGCCCCCACGGCCCCGCGGCCCCAAGCGCCCCCGGCCCCGGGCCCGUCCGCCGCCGCCAUGGCCCGGCCGCUGGUGCCCAGCUCGCAGAAGGCGCUGCUUCUGGAGCUCAAGGGGCUGCAGGAGGAGCCGGUGGAGGGCUUCCGGGUGACCCUGGUGGACGAGGGCGACCUGUACAACUGGGAGGUGGCCAUCUUCGGGCCCCCCAACACCUACUACGAGGGCGGCUACUUCAAGGCGCGCCUCAAGUUCCCCAUUGACUACCCCUACUCUCCGCCAGCCUUUCGCUUCCUGACCAAGAUGUGGCACCCCAACAUCUACGAGACUGGGGACGUGUGCAUCUCCAUCCUCCACCCCCCCGUCGAUGACCCCCAGAGCGGGGAGCUGCCCUCGGAGCGGUGGAACCCCACGCAGAACGUCAGGACCAUCCUCCUGAGCGUCAUCUCCCUCCUCAACGAACCCAACACCUUCUCACCGGCCAACGUGGACGCUUCCGUGAUGUACAGGAAGUGGAAAGAAAGCAAAGGCAAGGACCGCGAAUACACGGACAUUAUCCGCUGUGGGGACCUGUGCCCGUGGGCCGGCCGCGCGACCCCAUGGCAGGAGCUCCAGAAAGCCCACCGGCACUGUCGGGUGGUGGGACCCCAGGCGCAGCAGGUGCGGUCAGAGCUCCCGCCGGCUACCGUCAGUUGGAUAAAGCUCCGGACGGAAAGCGCAUGCUGGAGACACGGUGCUGGUGACAGGAAGACGCUCAAGUACAGAGAGGAGAGGACCUGGGACCCCAGCCUGGUGGGGAUGUGCCGAGCGUCCCGCCAUGGGCGCCUCCCAGUGGCUGGCCCUUCCCCUGGGGCUGCUGAGCAACCCCGCCCGCCCCACCCGCCACCCGCCACCCUCCACCCUGCCCCUCACCCACUGACCCAGCCCAGCGCCGUGGCUGCUCCCACUUCGCCUGACCUCAGCGGCCCUGAGGGCCGACCUGUGCUUCUCUUCCUGAUGAGCCGACACCCUCCCUGUGUCUGCACAGCCGUCAUCCUGGUUCAGAGCCCGCGUUCCACCCCCUCCCGCAUGCGUGUGCUCGUGUCUGUGCGCACGUGUGUGAGCAGAGGCCCGUGCACGCGUGGGGGCCGUGAGCGGUUGGGCCCGUCUGCUCUGCCCCGCUGCCCCGCCCCCCCGCCCCGGCCAUCCUGUCGCUGGCCCCCGUGGCCCGGCCGUCGCCCCGGUUGUCCUACUCUGUUUCACGGGAGCGAGCGCGGGGGCCCCGGGGCUGCCGGCCGCAAUGAGGCAGACCCCGCUUCUCCCCGCAGGAAGCAGGUCCUGGGGACCAAGGUGGACGCGGAGCGGGACGGCGUGAAGGUGCCCACCACGCUGGCUGAGUACUGCGUGAAGACCAAGGCCCCAGCGCCCGACGAGGGCUCGGACCUCUUCUACGACGACUACUACGAGGACGCCGAGGUCGAGGCCGAGGCCGACAGCUGCUUCGGGGACGACGAGGAUGACUCGGGCACCGAGGAGUGCUGACACCGCGUCUCCGCGAAUAAACUUACAGAUUUUACCUCAGCCGCCCACUCUCUGCCGCCGCCACUACCUCCGGACACUGCGUCCGCCCUGUCCCCUCCGCCUCCGGGGAGGCCGCUGCGCUCGCGGCCCCGCGUGGGCCGGACGCCGCUCGGGGACCCUGGCCCGCCUGCCCCACCCACCAGCUGGAGCCAGAGACUCGGGGUCCCGGCUUGAGAGCGGACAGAUUGACUCGGGGUCACCUCUUCUCUCUGCUUGCGGUUGUUUGGAAUCUAAAUAAAGCGACUUUAUGAGAA